UUAUAUGAUUGUGAAAUCUACUUAAUAAACACACCUUUCAAUUUCAUCUAAUUCAACAAUUUUAUAUGGCCAACUAUGCUUCGAUUUUGCCUCUACUUAUUGUCGUCGCGAUGAUUCAGCUAUAUUCAGGAGUGGCAAUCAUAUUGAAGGUAGAAAACAACUGCGACUACACGGUGUGGCCAGUCAUAAUCACAACCAACGGGGCUAGCUCAAACAUCAAUGUCUCGAAUGGAUUUUCUUUACUACGUAAUGAUUCGAAGGUGAUUAACAUACAGCCAGGUUGGUCGGGCCGGCUUUGGGGGCGAACCCUCUGCACCACUAACACCUCGACAGGAAAUUUCUCUUGCCUCACCGGCGAUUGCGGCACUGGCAAGAUAGCAUGCCAGGGCAUGUCAUAUACAUCCCCGGUAAAUUUUAUUGAUUUGAAUACGUCUCAAAAUGGUAGCCAGGAUUUUUAUAACGCUAACGUCGCUGCUGGGUACAACCUCGCGGUGACGAUGGUUCCACAAGGUAGCAAUGGAAGCCGUUGUGCGUUGACUGGUUGUGUGUUUGACUAUGACUACGGAUGCCCCAACGAUCAUAGAGUGAUUACUAAUGGUUCCGUAAUAGGGUGUAGAAGCUCGUGUGACGCGUUUCAUACAAACGAGUCUUGUUGUACGAAUGUCAAUGACUGUGAACGUAAUAGCUUCUCGGCUGGCUCGUUAAUCUUCAAAAAGGGCUGCCCUCGCGCUUACCAUUAUGCCUUGGAUGUUGCCAAUUCUACCUUCGUCUGUCCCAGCCCUCAGACGUCGUAUACCGUUACGUUCUGCCCGUCACCUAGCCUCGCCAGGGUGGUGUGUGAACCGUUCCAAUCAUUGUCAACUUCAUUAUCACCAACUUCUACAACAUCACUUUCUAAGAGUGAUGUCAAGAGGAAGCGUACUAUUCUUUUAGUUAGUUUACCAAUACUCGCUGCAACAUCAAUUAUGUUGCUGUGUGGAGUGUGGACUAGUAUGCGCAAGAGGAAGGCCACCAAAAUAUCUAAUUGUUUGGAAGUGUGUGAGAUUAAAAAUGCUGUAAUAGACUCCUUGCAAUUUGAUCUAAACACGAUUCGAACAGCAACAAACAACUUUGCUGCAGAAAACAAACUUGGAGAAGGCGGGUUUGGUGAAGUUUACAAGGGGAAACCCGAGAAUGGACAGGAAAUAGCUGUCAAAAGACUAUCAAAAAAUUCCGGACAAGGAGCUGUAGAGUUUAAAAAUGAAGUUGUUUUGGCUGCAAAACUUCGACACAAGAACUUGGUCAAGCUCUUAGGGUUUUGCGUGGCAACAGAAGAAAAGAUACUUGUAUAUGAGUUUCUUUCUAAUUCAAGCUUGGACAAAUUUAUAUUUGAUCAAAAGAAGCAAUCAUCUUUAAAUUGGCAAAUAAGGUGCAAUAUUAUAGUUGGUAUUGCAAGAGGGCUUUUAUAUCUUCACGAAGACUCCCCGCUUAAGGUUAUUCAUCGAGAUCUAAAAUCAAGUAACAUAUUACUAGAUGAACAUAUGAACCCUAAGAUAUCAGAUUUUGGCCUUGCCAAACUGUUUGGAGUUGAUCAAAUUCAAGGUGACACUAAAAGGAUUAUUGGAACUUAUGGUUAUAUGGCUCCAGAAUAUGCAAUAACAGGUCAUUACUCUGUAAAAUCAGAUGUUUAUAGUUUUGGAGUCUUAGUUCUUGAGAUUGUGAGCGGUCAAAGAAAUAGAUUUUGCAAGCAAUUGCAACUUGAAGAGGCAUUACUACAUCGAGCAUGGAGGUUAUGGAAUGAAAACAGGACCUUAUAUUUUGUUGAUACAACAUUAAAAAAUGACUUUCCAAUAGAUGAAGUAACUAAAUGCAUCCAUAUUGCUCUACUAUGCAUUCAAGAUGAUGCCGCCUUAAGGCCAAGAAUGAGCUCCAUUGUUGCAGCCCUCAAUGGCCAAGCCGUUUGUCUCCCAACGCCGAAGCCACCUAAUUACUUUGGUACUAACAUUUUAGAAGAUAAUGAUUCUCUAGGUAGUGUAUAUACAGGAAAUAAGACGAUUACAAAUUUGUAUCCUCGCGAUUUUAUUUCCAAAUCAGUAAAUGUUGAUAAAUUAUGGAGAUCUAACUGCCCAAACAACACCAUGUUUGCUAACAGUAGCCAAUAUGAAGCCAAUCUAAAUACCCUAUUUGGUUAUCUCUCUGGCAACGCCACCAACCUCGCCGGCUUUUAUGAAGCUGUUUCUAACAACGGCAACACUUCAAGCGAAACAAUCUACGGUAACUUUCUCUGUCAAGGGGACUUAGAUCCUAGAUUGUGCUACGAUUGUGUUAUCGCUGCCACCACCAAGGACUUCCCUAUGACACGGUGUCCCAAUCGUAAAGUUGCCAUUUUAUGGUACGAAGGUUGUAUGGUAAGGUAUUCAAACCAAUCAUUUUUUGGUAAAUUGGACGAGAUGCCGGCAGAUCAAAUGCUAAGUGGUGACGAUGUACAAGGGAACAUAACCCAUUAUACCGAGCUUGUGAAUAACAUGAUGUCUGUGAUUGCUAAUCGUGCUCCAUUUGACGGGUCACAGAAAAAAUUCGCAACAUACAUCACAAAUUUCACAGCCUUCGGUACAUUAUAUGGGUUGGGACAGUGUACGCCUGACUUGAGCCCCAAUGAUUGUACGAGUUAUAUCCGUUCUUUAGUUUAUCAUCGCAACCCCCUGCACCUUCACGAGAAUCUCCAGCAAGUGAUUCAAGCGGCAUGGAAGCAAAGGAAUGAUGGGGCACCCUUGGAAUUUGUUGAUCCAAAUAUAAGGGAUUCGUGCUCGCGUUCUUGCCACCAAAAGGCUAGAGCGUGCCGCACGUUUCGAGGUCCAAACUCCCGGACCGUGAUAGUUGGUAUUAGAGCCGAGGCUCAAACCUCGUCGCAAGCAACCCGUGUAGGCACCAAGGACGGCUACACGAAGAUGGAAUUCGUAGAAGAAAGGCUCGCUUGGCUCGAGGAGAAGGCGGACAAAUGGGCCGAGCUCCAAGUCAUUGUACACGAGCAAGCCGAGCAAAUUGUGAAAUUGAUGGCUGACAGAGAUGCCCUCCGCGAACAAUUGCAAUUUGUUCAAGGAAAAGCCGACGAAGCACUUGAGAAAUGUGCUACCUUAACGCGCGCUGUGGGCAGAGACGCACUGGGUGUUGGUGCGGCGAAGAUAAAGCCGCCCAAACCUCGCGACUACAGUGGCGCUAGAGAUGCGAAAGAAGUUGAUAACUUCCUCUUCGACAUGGAGCAGUACUUCCGAAUAUGUCAACUAAGUGACGAUCAGAAGGUGGAUACUGCCAUCAUGUACUUGUUCGAAGAUGCUAAGCUGUGGUGGCGCACCAAGCACGCAGACAUCGAAGCAGGAAGGAUCAAGAUUGAUACAUGGGCGGAGUUCAAAGAGGAACUCAAGAACAAUUCUACCCCGUCAACACAGCACAUGAAUGAGAAAGAUCGUGUGUUCAACUUUGUCAACGGGUUAAAGGAAUGGGCGCAGCGAGAGAUUUUGAGGCAGAAUAUUGAUACCCUCGCUGCUGCUAUGUGUGCUGCUGAGAGAUUGAUAGACUACUCAGUCGGGAAGGGUCGUCAAUCCGAGAAGGAUUCAAGUGGGACGUCAACACGCUCUAACAGUCCGUCUCCAAGCUCUCCAAAGGGUACAGAGAACGGCUCACGAGUAUCGUCCAACACCAUUAAUACAUAUCAUAGAAGAAGUGGAGGAGGUGAUGCCCAGAGACAAACAUCUACCCCCUCCCACAACUCAGGAAACUCGAGGGCCGGCGCAUCCUCGGAAAACACAAGGGAAAUAAACUGCAUACUUUGUCGAGGUCCACACAAAUGGUGGGAUUGCGAGCAUAAAGAAGAACUUGACAAGAUCCAAAAGAGAUUGUCAUCCAUGUCCGUUCAGGAGGCCACAAAAGAGACUAGCAGCGAUGAGGAGCCCACAUAUAGGAUGGGUUCCAUACGACGCCUGAGUGCUAUGAGAAUGAUAGCACCUCAAGAAGAACCAGAAGUCCGAUAUCUUUCGGCAAUGCGAGUGAUGGAGCCUGAGAAGAAGGCAACAUCGAAGAAACAAGCUCGCACCAGAAACCUAGAGAAGCGGGAGAUGAAGCCCAUGGAGUUGGCAACAUCCCAGAUACACAGCCGCCAAAACCAGAAUCAGUCACAAGAAUCCCUCCCUAAUCAAGAUUAUACUUUCUUUAUCAAAAUUAUCAUAAUUAUUAUUCUGUAUACUAUGAAUCUAGCAACAAAUUCCAAACUAGUUAUAAUAAUUAACCUCUUACUUCAAUUAAUUUCCAAAUCAACUUCCACUCCAACUUAUCUCUAUAGCAUUUGCUCAAACAUCACUGAAUUUACUACAAAUAGUAAGUACCACACCAACCUCAACACCCUCUUCAAAUCCCUCUCCUCCAACGCCACCAACAACCCCACCGGCUUCGACAUCACAUCCGCCGGCACCAACACAAGCGAUGCCAUCUACGGCCUAUUCCUCUGCCGCGGUGAUCUAAACAUCACCACGUGCAGGGAUUGUGUCAAGACCGCAACCACAACAGACCUACCAAAGACAUACUGUCCCAAUAGAAAAAUCGCGGUAAUAUGGUACGACGAGUGUACCGUAAGAUACUCUAACGAAUCGCUCCUUGGAAAAAUGGAGCAAUCACCUAAAGUGUUCUUAACCAACACUCAAAAUGUGACUGGAAAUCAAACCGCGUUUUCUGAUCUUAUAGGAAACACAAUGAAUAGUUUAUUAGCUCAGACUUCGAAUAGUAAGUCGGGUAAAAAAUAUGCAACAAAAGUGGCGAAAUUUGACAGCUUGAGGACUCUUUAUGCAAUGGAGCAGUGUACUCCUGACUUGAGCGCCGCAGAUUGUAAUCAAUGCUUGACGAUUGCGAUCGAGUCGCUCGACUUUAAGAGGGGUGCUCGUGUUAUGCAGCCUAGUUGUUUUGUACGUUACGAGAUUUACCCGUUUUAUGAUGGUGCCAUUAAUAUCUCAUCACCGCCAUUGCCGUCGCCGUCGCCAUCGCCUGGCAAAGCUACAACAAUUACGAUAGUGAACAAUUGUUCCUAUACAGUAUGGCCUGGAAUAUCCACCAUCAGUAGCAGUGUCAAAGUCCCAACAGGAUUUACUCUCCUAAACGGAGAGUCCAAGACCAUUAACAUCCAAUCCAAUUGGGAGGGCAGCAUUUGGGGAAGGACCAAUUGCUCACUUGACCAUAAAGGGAAUUUCUCUUGCGAGACUGGUGAUUGUGGCACAGGUAAAAUUGAAUGCCAAACCACAUCUUCACCGAAUUUGGUGACAAUGGCUGGCUUUAGUAUCAGUCAAAUUGAGGACCAAUACAAGUACAACAUUAGUGUUGAAGCCGGUUACAAUCUUCCUAUGAUGGCAACUCCUGAAGGGGUGAUCGGACUCCGUUGCGUAGUCACGGGUUGCGUGUUCAACCUCGACAAUUCCAUAUGCCCCCCUAGUAUGAGUGUGGUCAAUAAGAAUUUGAGAAUGAUCGGGUGUAGAAAUCCUUGUUAUGAUGCUAAACAAUGUUGCAAAACAUGGCCAAAGUGUUUGAGUAGUGACUAUGUGGAAUCGUCGAAUCUUUUUGGGAAGUCUUGCCCGCGGGCAAGUAACAAUCCCUCCGACUUGAUUAACACUACGUUCUCUUGUCUGAGCUACAAAACGUCUUAUAAAGUUACAUUUUGCCCAUCUCCCAACAUGGCCAGUUUGUUCUCAACACCAUUUCAAACAGUCCAAGAACCUUCGUCGUUAUCAGCGCCAUCACCAUCAGGAAAGAAUAAAACAUAUGUAACGAAAGUAGUAGUUGCAAUCGUUGUUCCAAUAGUUGUGUUGACAUUGCUAAUUGCAUCAUGCACGUCUUAUGCUCGCUGGAAGGUGAUGAAGUCUCUCUCCAUAGAUAUUCAAAAUGUGCUUGAGGAUUUCACGACUGCAGAGUCUUUGGUAUACGAAUUCAGCACCCUUCAAGCUGCAACAAAUUACUUUUCAGAUGAUCAAAUGCUUGGCGGAGGAGGAUUUGGCAAUGUCUAUAAGGGAACCCUCCCAAAUGGACAAGAUAUAGCAGUUAAAAGGUUAUCGAGGGUCUCUAAUCAAGGAAUGGAAUCGUUUAAGAACGAGGCUGUAUUGAUAGCUAAACUUCAACACAAAAAUUUGGUUAAGCUUUUGGGAUUUUGCUUAACAAGAGAGGAGAAGCUUCUUGUGUACGAAUAUGUUCCUAACAAAAGCCUCAACUAUUUUCUAUUUGAUCCAAAAAAGCAAGGAGAAUUAGAUUGGCCUACGCGCUACAAUAUUAUAACAGGUAUAGCCCGAGGAAUACUUUAUCUACAUGAAGACUCUCGACCUAGGAUUGUUCACCGUGAUCUAAAAGCAGCUAAUAUAUUGCUUGAAGAAGAUAUGAACCCAAAAAUUGCAGACUUUGGUUUGGCGAGGAUCUUCAAAGUUGAACAAACAGAGGAUGACACUAAUAUAGUAGCAGGAACAUAUGGUUAUAUGGCCCCAGAAUAUGCAAUGAAUGGACAAUUUUCUGUAAAAUCAGACGUGUAUGGCUUUGGCGUAUUGGUAUUAGAGAUUGUAAGUGGCAAGAAGAUCAAUAGCAAAUUCCACCCCUCUGGAGUAGGAGACCUCUUGACACAUGCCUGGAGAAGCUUGAAAGAAGAAACAACAUUGAACUUUAUGGAUCCAACAUUGAAAGACACAUAUUCGGCUGAUGAAGUGAUGAGAAGCAUUCAUUUAGGCUUAUUAUGUGUACAAGAGAAUGCACAUGAGAGACCAACCAUGUCAACAAUAGUCUUCAUGCUCAAUACAAACUCUACUACAAGUACACUUCCAACACCUCAACGCCCUCGAUUUUAUUACAAUAGUAGUACAGAACCAUCUUAUAUCAUGACAAGGUCUAAUAAAAAUUCAACAGCAACAUCAUCCACCUCAUGCGACUCAAAGCCAUAUACACAAAAUCAAGUAACAAUAAGUGAGAUGAGUCCUAGGUAGAUAGGGUAUCUUGUACAUCACUUUUGAGCAACAAAAAUGAUAAUACAAUUUGUUUCUCACACACAUACAAUUUCAUAUGCAAUAUUGUAAUGAUAAUACAAUUUGUCGCACAUACAAUUUCGAAAGGGUAAGGAAAAAGCACAGGAAGAUAUGGUCGUUAUGAAUCAUUGGCGUUUUUUAUUGUUGAC